AUGCCGACGGGGUUUCAGCGGCGGGAUACGUGCGAGUAUCAUGCGCGUCGGUGUAUCCAUGGGGUCGGUCUCCUAGGUACCGUCAAGCUUCUCCUGGUGGUACCUCUCCGCGCCCGCUAUCCCGACCUCGCCGAAGGAAUUCAGAACUCGAAACAGCAGAAGAAGUUCACAACGGCUAAGCGCUACCCACCGGUACGGCUACGGCUACUUACCCUCCUCCUCCUCAACCUCCAACACCACCGGCCGGGCCCUACAUACUACAUAGUACACCGUCCCACCUUGAACACCUACAUCGGUCACUAG